UAAUAUACGUAUGCGUAUUGUGAUUUUGAAGUAAAUUUUACUGUUUCGUGGGCUAUAGGAAUAAUUAAUAAUUAUUGUGAUUUUGUCUUACCUUUCAUGACAGUAAUGGCGUAUUAAGUAUAAUAUUAAUUCCUAAGUUACCUUGCAUCACAGUACACAUAAUUGUACAAGAUCGAUAUCUGUGCUGAGCAAAACUGGCUUCCGUCUGUACACUAUUUCAUCUGUGGAUAGUGUUGACGAAAUAUAUUCCAAAGAAAAUGAGAACAUUCGAAUUGUUGAGAGACUAUUUAACAGCAGUUUGAUGGUAUUAGUGACAGAAAAUAAACCAAAUUGUCUUAAAAUGCUACAUUUUAAGAAAAAACUUGAAAUUUGCAAUUGUGUCUAUCCUUCUACUAUUUUGUGUGUUCGAAUGAAUAAGUGUCGAUUGGUAGUAUGUCUUGCCGAAAGUAUACACAUCCAUGACAUCCAAGAUAUGAAAAUUUUGAAAUCGAUUGAAAAUAUUUCACUUAACGAACUGGGACUUUGUACGCUGUCAUUAAAUUCACACCUGGCUUAUCCUGUUUCGGGUACUUCGGGUGAACUGCAAAUAUUUAAAGCGAAUGAACUUAAAGAGGGCUUGACAAUACAAGCUCAUAAAACACUUUUGUCGGCGAUAUGUUUUUCUCCUACCGGAAUGCUCAUUGCUACUGCCUCAGAAAGAGGAACUGUUAUCCGAGUGUUUUGUGUGAAGAACGGCCAACGAGUUCAAGAGUUUAGACGAGGAAUGAAACGAUAUGUGCGGAUUGAGUCUCUAGUGUUUAGCGCUCAUGCAGACUUCCUGUGUGUAAGUUCUAAUAAGGAAACAAUUCAUAUAUUCAAAAUUGACACAAAGGAGGUCAGUUUGGCCGAACAUCGUCCGGUGCUAGAAAUUAAAGCGGUUAAUAAUCCUACAUUGGAAGAUAUAAGUACGACAAAUAACACAGAAAUAGAUAGUUGGUCCGGUUACCUUACAAAAACUAUCUCUACGUACUUUCCUAGCCAGGUCUCCAACGUUCUUAAUCAGAAUCGGGCAUUUUCGACGGCAGUUCUAUCGCAACCAGGUCUAAAGCAUAUUUGUGGCUUAACCAAGUUCGGAAAGGAAAUUAAGUUAAUGGUGGCCUGCGAGGAUGGUUUUCUGUAUAUUUACGACUUUAGUAAUGCAAUUGGAGGAAGUUGCAAAUUGAUUCGUGCUCAUGACCUUAGAAACACUCUUGAGGGUGUGAUUGAAUUGAAUUUUACUGAGAGUCCAAACAAAUCAACACCGAUUAUCAUAGAAAAUAAUGAGAGGCAAAAAGAUAGCUCAUAUGCUGGUAUUUUGAAAGGAGACUACGAAAACGGACUAACAGCAGAAUCGGCGAAAUGUCGCAGUCUAUGUGAUGCUAUUAAUUCACCAGCAAAACUCUAUGACGAAAUGCAAUUUCCACCAGUUAAACCAACAAUUCGAGAUUGAAUGAUCGCCUAAAUAUUAUAGAAAGAAAAGCUGUUUCACAAAAAUUAACAAGUUUCAAUGGAAAGCUCAAUAAAACAACUCUUAUUUCCUUGUUUUACUUUUACUCAAGAAA